UGAUGAGUCGAGGGCGCUGUGGGCUGAUAGUGUGAAGAAGAAGCGGAAGAGGAAGAUGAACGAGCACCAGUACAAGAAGCUCAGAAAACGCAUGAGGAGACAGAAGAAUUAGGACUGGUUCUAUUCUCUGCAUGCUUUCCCAAAGAAGUCUUUUGCCAUUUACUCUGUGUUAGACUUACUACAUAUGGAACAAAGUGAAGCCAUUAUAUACCAAUGAUAUUAAGAGGCUCUAUGCUUUCAUUCAAGAUAAGCAAUCAAGUUGCUGCCUCCAUUUGUGGCCGAUACAAAAUCCCUAUUUCUGCCUUUAUGGCGCAUUCAGGUUCAUUUUUAGCAAUGCAAACCGUCACUGCUGUUGCUGGUUGCCAUCAGUUUUUUGACCCACUCACCAUGAUGUUUGCUUGCUACUUUCCAGCAGACUGCGAAAUGCUUCUGGCAGACAUUGUUUCACAUGUUCUCACUCUCUUCAUGGAAUUCAUGUACCAUCUCAGUCAGUGCUCGAGAAGUGCUGCUGUCAGACACUGUUUCACAUGUCCUCUCUCUCCCUGUGUGUGUGUGUGGAAUUCCUGCACCAUCUCUUGUCAGUGCUUGAGAGUGCGUCCAGCAACCAUUAUGAUGUUAUUGGUCCAUUCUUUUCACUUUUGCCUCCUCUACAUUAGUCUAACUUUACCUGUUCAGACCAGUGCUCAUGUCUCCCCCCUCCCCUUUUUCUCAAACUGCCAUUGUUUUCCAACUAUUAGUUGUUUUAUUUUCCUUUUUUUUUGUGUUCAACCAUGUUGGAGACUGAGACAAUCAUGGCUGAAGAAUCUCCUAAUGACUCUUUCUGUUUCGGCAUCUGGGGCACCCUAGUUCUUGAUAAAGGGGACAACAUCUCCUGGGACUGACCAAGUCAAUUAGAAUUUUCUUGGGGCUUAUCUUCAUCAUACUACUUAGUACUUAUGGCGUCCCCAACGUAUUCGAAUGCAUCUCCAAUUAAAAUGCUUUAGACAUGGGAGUUUUAUACUUAUUUUUUUCCCUUGUGUAAUUCAGCUUUUUUUUUUUGCGUGCAUUAUUGCUAGGGGAAAAAAUAAGACAUGAUCAUAGUAUUACUCAUGUUUAUGGUGCCUCCAAUUCUUUUUUAUUUGGAGCACUUUGAUAAAUAAUGUUAUUCUGAAGAACACUGAACACUUGCUGCCGGCCGAAUAUUACUACCACCUUUUAGCUGGCUAAUAAACCAUAGAGAUGGUUUCUUCUCUUUCUGUGGUGA